GUUAGGUUAUUAUUUUAUAGUGUAUUUACGGUCCAGUCGAUGUCAAGCUCACAGCUGAACUCAUCUCUGACGGAAAAGCCAUGAAAUCCACCUGACUCGCUGGAAAACGACCUUUUCAGGAGACCUUUCACUUGUUGCGCACUUGUUAUUUUCUCCCACUGGGACCGAGUUACAUUGAAACAUGCGUGUUUGUGUCACAAGCGGAUGUUCUGCGUCCGAGCCAUAAAUGACCCUGAAGCUACAACAACCGGACAGCUGUGAAAGAAUGAAAGGCUUUAUUACACAGAAAGUGAUUAACACGAGCAUGAUGGAGUCCUCGAGCGGCUGCAGGUCCCACAGAGCCACCGGCGGCUGGAGCUUUCACCUCCUCUACAGUGUCCUCCUCCUGUGGAGUGACCAAAUGCAUGGACUCUCCGACUUCUCAACCUAUUUAUUCAGGAUCAUUAUCAGUCACUCAGCACAUGCUCGUGAUGGUGAGCCACUGCUGCUUUCUUGCCCACGCCACUCCACCAUCUCUGUGCAGUCUGCGUUCUACAGACCUCAUGCACCUCUCACACACUGCAAUGCACCUACAGCACUGCAGAAGAUGCUAUCAGAAUGCCAAGGCCGGAGAAACUGUCAAGUCUUGGUUAAUUACCGUAUGUUUGGCAGUGACCCCUGUCCUGAAACCACCAAAGACCUUCAUGUGUCAUACAGCUGCAAACCCACGGAAAAUAAAAACAGUACAAGAUGCGAGGGCGAUCAAAUGUUGCUUCACUGUAAGUACCCAAAGUUGCUGAACAUCUACUCGGCUGUGUAUGGGCGGGAACUGGGAGAAAAUGCAGUUUGUCUUACAAAGGAAGAGCAACCACCUCCAUUUGAGUGCUUGUAUUAUGGAGCCCUGGACACGGUAAAGAAAUUGUGCUACGGAAAGCAGCGAUGCCUUUUUAUUAUUAACGAUCAGCAAUUCAGAAAUCCCUGCACACCUGAAACAAAGAAGUACCUCACUGUUAUCUACUCAUGCGUUCCACAGAGUUUACUCAAAGAGGCUGACCCCAACUUUUUCCAAACUACCACAAUUCCCCAGGAGAUCACCAAAGCUGUGAAACUUCCUGAUGUCAGAGAGUCCAGAUUCCCAGUUAAAAAUGGCAUCCUUGUGAGCAACUCUCUCAUGGCAUAUGGAUACAUUAAAGAACAUCCUGAAAAGGCUGGCCUUCUCUUUGUCUCGAGUGUGUGUAUGGGACUGUUCCUCGUCUUGCUGGCCAUCUCUAUAAGGAUAACCUGUAGCAUGCAUCAUGAAGGAACAAGCAGUCUAAACAAGAACACCAACACUGUGGAACCAAAAGUAGAAAAAGAAGAUGAUGAUGAUGAUGAUGAAGACAGUGAUAGUGAAGAGUCUGAACCAUUGAUGGACAGCUCAAUGAUCUCAGAGUUAAGCAGGAAAGUUUAUUGUUGGGAAGAGGCGAUGUACACGACUGAGGCGGCGGAACUGAUCGAGAGGCUGGAACGACGAGAGAUGAUCAUCCAAGAGAUCAGGAUGAAUGCAUACCUCAAUGGCACUUCCUGCACUCUGCACUGAUACACAGUGGCUAAAUACAUGAAUACAGGUGAAGGUGCAGAAAUGAGAAUAUAGAAGUUUAAAUGAUUCCUCGGCCAGCUUGAUCACUGUGUGGUCAUUAAACAAACAGACUUAUUACCUGUGCAUCUUUCACAAUUUUUUGUAUGCCUUUUAUUAAAACUACACUUAUUUAAUACUGAACAAAAGACAGUACUUUAAUAAAUAUUAAAUCUCCAAAGGACCCAAACUUUAAUGCAAAUGCAUUAUGAUUCUUUAUUUCACACAGUUUAAACAGUUUUCAGCUUUAAA